AUGAACUCGCUCAAUACCACGUCCGUCUCAUUUGCUGUCACGCCGACAGUUGUCUCUACUUUAUUUUCUCAUUAUUUCAAUAGAAAACCUCUUAGACAGCGCCCAACCGCGCAUCUCUCUUACGAUGAAGGACUCCACCUGAUCCGAUCCUUCCUCGAGUAUGCAUCGCAUCAUACUGUUGAAGAACUUCAGGCUUUCACGGCGCAAUGGGUACCGCAUCCUCAAUGGGUCAAAGUCGAAGAUGUUACCAUUCCCGAGGACCAUCUGACGCGUGCUGCCGAAUCUUUGCAAAAGCAAUUGGGCCCCGAUGGUAUCAAGCAAGUUGGUGGAGAGAAGUGGUGGCAAUGGCGGAAACCAGAGACCACCCUCGAUGCUGAAUGGAUUGAGAUGCGCGCUGAUGCUUACGAGCGAAAGCAGGAAGGGGGCAAGUCGCGGCGCGUCAUGAUGUAUAUCCAUGGAGGCGCGUACUACUUUGGUAGCGUUGACGAGCAUCGAUAUCAAAUGCAGCGACAUGCGCGAAAGCUUAAAGCGCGCGUCUUUGCGCCUAGAUAUCGCCUUUCGCCACAGUUUCCUUUCCCAUGCGGUCUUCACGACUGCCUCGCUGCCUAUCUCUACCUGCUCACCGUACAAGACCCGACAACCAUCGUCCUAGCGGGUGAUUCCGCGGGUGGUGGUAUGGUUGUGUCUCUUUUGUGUAUUCUUCGAGAUCAAGGAAUUCCACUCCCCGCUGGUGCUAUUCUCAUCAGCCCAUGGGUCGACUUGACACACUCGUUUCCCAGCGUCGCUGGUGACGCACCCUUUGAUUACAUUCCACAAGCUGGUUUUCACCACAAGCCUUCCAAAGCCUGGCCCCCACCAAAUGAGGAUGAUGUGGCAAUGUUGAGAGAGGAAGCUUUGAAAAAGAAGAAGAGUGAGACAAAGAAGACUCCAGGGAAGAAUGAACUUAAGGAGAAGCAGCAAGCGCCUGUUGCGAAGCAGCAACCGUCAGAUGUCUCAUCAAGGUCGGAAUGGAUCAAUGGUGGGGUUCCUGUUAACUCUGAGAAGCUUCUUUCCGUCAGCAUCGAUGGUAAGCUUGUGAAGCUGAAAGACCAAAUCCAGAUGUAUACUACUAACGAGCUUCUUGCUCACCCACUGGUCAGCCCAGUUAUGCAGCCUACACUGGGUGGUCUGCCUCCGCUUCUCAUUAUGGUUGGAGGAGGCGAGAUUCUCCGAGAUGAACAGAUAUACAUGGCCCACAAAUGCACCAACCCUGCGAAAUACGCGCCCCCAGAAGGGUCACUGACACCAGAGGGGAAAGCAUUGCUGGAGCAAUACAAACCGACAGAUGUUCAACUCCAAGUAUGGGACGACCUUUGCCAUGUGGCACCAACACUAAGUUUCACACGACCUGCCAAAUACAUGUACAGAUCUGUGGCUCAGUUCGGAGCAUGGGCUCUUGCCAGAGCUCAGAAGCGUGGUAUCGAGAUUCUCGACGAUGACGAAAUAUCGAUUAUCUCUGAAUCUGGUUCCGAUGGCGAAUCCCAGAAAAAGCCCCCUAAAACCCCGGAAACUGUAGGAUCCGAUAGUUUGGAGUCUGGCCAGGUUGGAAAGGCUGGCGAUCCUCUGCCACAUUUCAAGAACCACAUGAUCCGACAAAGAGUUACCCGCCAUGGCGCAACUUUGCCGUUAGUACCCGAAGCUGAGCUCACAGCAUGCUGCGUAGACCCUGUGUCUGUGGGUGUUGUGAAAGAGGGCACGGUGAAGAAAUGGCUGGCUAUGAAGGACCAGUGGGAUCAUCGAUACGCAUCGGCGAAGUCAAAAAUACACCAGAGAAUGAUUUCCGAUAUGGCCGUAGGCUAUCACAACUUCGGCCCUGGCGAAUGCCCACCUCCAACGGCAUUGGCUGGUAGACGAAGAAUUGAUUCCAAGCUAGUAGAAGGGAGCAAGAAGCAACAAAAGAGCUGGGGUCUAGCAAUGUGGUCUCUCUGGGGUUCCAAACAUGACGAGAUGACCGUCGAACGAGAGAAGAAGGCAUCAGGACAACCAGUGACCCGAGUUGCCACCACUGCUGAAGGUGAGGGGGCUCGUUCCUUUGCCGAUAUCGAAGAACAAGACAGGCCACCUUUGCAAACAGGCCGAUCCAGGAGUAGAUCUCAUACGAAAAUGGUCACCGAUGAGAAUCAGACGGGCAGCCAUCCUAUCACCGAGGAUACUCCAGUUGCUAAUCUCAUUGAGCAACGAAAGGAACAAGAAGCAGCCAGACCUAGUCUGCUCAGUCCAGAUUAUGCGCCAGAAACCGGCGUGGCAGGCAAACGGCCUUUCCUGGAUGGCAUCGCGUUGCCGUUUAGUCUCAAUAAGAAUGCCGAGACGGCCAGUAUGAUGACACUUCAGUCUGAUACCACGCCCCUUCCAGGCUCAAGACCCAUGAGCCCAAUCUUUCAAGAUGACGACGGCACUCAACCUUCACAGUCGACCCAGCUCACCUCACAGGAUGCGCCGACUAUCGAGAUUGCAGGAAAACGACCCUUCCUUGACGGUACGGCAGUCCCUUUCAGUCUCAAGAAGGAAGCAGAGACUGCCAGCAUGAGAACCUUGCAAUCGAAUGUUACUGCGAUGCCCAGCUCACGACCUAUGAGCCCAGCCACCCAGCCAGCAGAACCAGAUGAAAGGGUCCAGGAGAAUGGUGUAUCAAAAGAGAAGAGUGAAUUAGAUGAUGGAGCAUCGAGCAUACUUGUUACACCAUUGGAACGACCCGGCCUAGAUACAUUUGUCACGGCCCAGGAAGACCUUCCUAGGGUCAAGUAA